CUCGCGAGAGCGUAAGUAAGGCGCGGUCAGAGCCGACUAUAAAAGGUAUCCUCUGCUCACGUGACUCCUCUCCGCCAGAUCGCCGCCAUCAUGGACACGAGUCGCGUGCAGCCCAUCAAGCUGGCUAGGGUAACCAAAGUGCUGGGCAGGACCGGUUCGCAGGGACAGUGCACGCAGGUGCGAGUGGAAUUUAUGGAUGACACCAGCCGCUCUAUCAUCCGAAAUGUCAAAGGCCCUGUUCGAGAGGGUGAUGUGCUCACCCUAUUGGAGUCAGAAAGAGAAGCUCGGAGGUUGCGCUGACCUUGCUGCUGGUCCACUCAUGAAUGCUUUACAAGAAUAAGGACACAGACUUAAACACUGGAGAGUUUGCCAGAUAUGUAACCCCAGCACUUAAAAGAUAGAGGCUUGGCCACAAGUUCAAAGCCAGCCUGAGCUAUACAGU